GAGCGGGACGUCCGGCUUGGGAACGGUAACCUUCGUGUCGCCCGCGACCAAAGCGAUUUAAAAAUGAGUGACAUUGAGAAGGGCAAGAAGAUUUUUGUUCAGAAGUGUGCUCAGUGCCAUACUGUGGAAAAGGGAGGCAAGCACAAAACUGGGCCAAAUCUUCAUGGUCUCUUUGGGCGAAAGACAGGUCAGGCCCCUGGAUUUUCUUACACAGAUGCUAACAAGAACAAAGGCAUCACCUGGAAAGAGGACACACUGAUGGAGUAUUUGGAGAAUCCCAAGAAGUACAUCCCUGGAACAAAAAUGAUCUUCGCUGGCAUUAAGAAGAAGUCAGAAAGGGCAGAAUUGAUAGCUUACCUUAAGAAAGCUACUAAUGAGUAAUAGUUGGCACUGCCUUAUUUAUUACAAAGCAGAAAAUGUCUCAUGACUUUUUGUGUGUACCAUAUUUAAAUUGAUCUCAUACACCAGAAUUCAGAU